AUGUGUACAAUAUCCUCUCGUCAUCGAGUUUUAUCAUUAUAUAAAAAAUUUAUAAAAUUAGCUAAGAAUUGGGAAGCUAUAGAAUCAUCAAAAACAUCCAUUGAAAAAGAAAAUUUUUUAAAAGAAAUAAAAGAAACCUUUCGACAAAAUAAAUCUAUAAAUGAUGAUAUCAAAAUUAAUGAACUUCUUCUAAAGGGUGAAGAACGUUAUUAUUUAGCGGAAACUUAUAAAAUUCCAUAUGGUAAACUAAGUUAUUUACCACCAUCUAGUAUUUAUUAUGUCCAUAGAAAAAACAAAACUUUCAGCCUUCGAGAACAUGUUUAUAACUUCAUUAGAUGUUAUUACUCUUCUUCUAAAAUUAAUGAUGAUUUGUUAAAUGAAAUAAUAAAGAUUUUAAAAAUAAAUAAUAAAUAUAUUGAUAACAUAAUAGGACAUAAAAUUUUGCUUGAAUUUCCAUGUAAAAAAACAUUUGAAAGAAAUGUAUUAAAAAAGAUUAUUUAUAAGUUGGAAAAGGAAGGAUUCUCUGGUAGUGAUAAGAUGUAUGAAAGAUUAUCAUUAGUAAUGGUUGAUGAUAAAGAUAAGGAUACAGUGUCAUAUAGAAUAUAUUUUGAUGAUAAGUUAAAUAAUAAAAUUAUUAUACAAGAUUCUAGCUUCGAUAAGAAUGUCCUGGAACUUGGUGCAGGAUGUGGAUUAACUGGUAUUGCUGCUAAAGUAUUUGCUGGAGUUGGUUCUUUAAAGCUGACAGAUUGUAAUGAGUUAGUAAUUAAACAAUUAAUAAGAAAUGUUGAAAUAAAUAAACUGGAUUGUAAAGAAGUUUCCGUUUCGUACCUCAACUGGAAGGAUGAAAUAGAAAAAGGUUCUAAUUACGAUUACAUCAUUGCAGCUGAUGUUGUUUAUGAUACAUCAAUUCUUGAUUCACUUCUAAAGACAGUAUCUAACCUUUUGAAAGAAACAUCCGGCAUGUUUAUUAUAGCAAGUACAUUAAGAAAUCAGGAUACAAUAAGAGAAUUUGAAAAUCAAAUUGAUAAAAACAACCUGUGUUUAAUGGAAAAAAGGAUUUUUGAUUAUACUAAAAAUGGUUUAUUUAAUGCUAAUAAGUAUAUUUCAUUCUGCUUAUUUAAAACUAGAUUCUUUACAAUGGUUGAUAUACCAAAAAAAAGAGAUGGAUUAAAUGAGGUUUCAUUGAAACAAAUUAGUGAAGCAUUUGAAAUGUGUGAUGAAUGUGGAAAAGGAUUUGAACCCAGACAAGCUGAAGUUGAUCAUUUAGCGGAUGAGUUAAAAGAAAUCUCUGGAAGAAAGUCUAGAAAUAAAGAGGAAUUUACUGUAGGAGAAUUAAGUGAAUUAUUAACAGAAAAAUUUGUAAAAUGUGACAUUAGUGAGGCAACAUCUGAAUUGAAGAGUGCAUUCAUGAUGUUUGACAAAGAUCAAAAAGGAUAUAUUAAUUUUGAAGAUUUAAAACGUGUUGUUGCAGAGUUAGGUGAAAAUAUUAAUGAUGAUGAGUUGUGGGAUAUGAUAAAAGAGGCAGAUGCAACAAAAAAUGGUCAUGUAAAUGAGAAUGAUUUUAUGGCUAUGAUGAAAAAAACAUCACUUUACUAA